ACCAUGUUGUCCAGAAUCGUGACAUCGCACCCAUUUAGAAUCUUACCACCACUUUGAGCCUUUGAUCCUUAAACCCAUAAAUAGGGGUGAGAAGCAACAACUUUUAGUCUGUUAUUUGCAGCAUCUAUGUUCGCAGCCUUCGACUGUUCGUGACACAGAUUUAGAGUCUUACCACCAACGUGAUCAUUUGAUCCUAAAACCGACAGAUAACAGUGAAAAACAACGACUUUUAGUCCAUUACUGGCAGCAUUUCUGUCUGCAGCCCUCAACUAUUAGCCAUUUAGAAACAUUUGGAUCCUGACUCCAGACUCCAACAUGUCUCAAGGUGAAGAACCAAAAAGUCAAGAAGUUGACCCCGGCGCUCUUCCCUGGGAUGAACCAGAAGACCCUUACCUCUCCUCUCUUCCCUGGGCUGAGCAAGUUGACUUAGAGGAGAAGCGCUUGGCAGAAAUGGAGAAUGAAAAUCUUCUUAACAGAGAGAAGAUUGUCUUAUUGAUGGAGGAAAAUGAGAGACAGAGCGCUCAAUUAAAAAAAAUGUCCUACCUGCUCCAAGAAAAGGAGAGUAUUAUUGAUGAAAAACAGUGGGAUAUCAAAGACAUGGAGGAAAGGAACCAAGAGCUCCAAGGAAAGCUGGAUGAAGCUCAAGAAAAAAUUAAAGAAAUCCUCCAGGAGAAGACACAACAGGACAUGAGAGAAAGACAGAUGCAUGAUGAACUUGAAAAGAUGGAGAUCAAAUACAGAGUGGUAAAAGCAAGGGAUGAUAAAAAUCAGGAAACAAAUAAAGAGGUUCUUCAAGAGAAAAGGCAGCAGCAGAUCAAACAAAGGCGAAUGGGCCGCGAGGUUAAGUACAUCAAGAAAGAAAAUGACGAGCUGCAAGUAAAGCUUGAUGAAGCUCUGCAAAUAAAUGAAGCGAUCCUCGAAGAGAAGAACCAAGAGGACAUAAAGAAGCGAGACAUGGAGAGGCAACUCCAACACAUGGAGGGAAAAGACAGGAUGCUGCAGGCAAGGCUUAAAGAAACAGUGCACAAAUAUGACGAGUUGCUGCAAGAGAAAAAGCAACAGGAGAUGAAACAAAAAGAAUUAGAUUGCAAGAUUCAGAACAUGGAGAAAAACAAUGAAUGCUUGCAAGUAAAGCUCGAUGAAGCUUUGCUAAAUAAUACAAAAAUCCUUGAAGUGAAACAACAACUGGUCAUAAACCAGGGAGAAAUGCAAUGCCAGCUCCAAGGCAUGGAAGGAAAAUACAGAGCACUGCAGGCAAUGCAUUAUGAAACACGGAAGAAAUAUGAAGAGCUGUGUCAAGAAAAAGAACAACAGGACAUAAAGCAGAACAAAGAAAAACUUCUUCUUGUCCAAGACUUUGAGAAGACAAAGCAAAAGCUGCAAGAACUUGGCAACAAAAUUAAGCACACAACAGCUGAACUGGAAGGAGAAAAGGAGAAAGUGCAAAAACAGGAGGCAACAGCUAAAGAACUCAAAGAAAGGCUCAAAGAAGAACAAGCCAAAUCAGAAGAAGUGGAAAAAAUAUGCAACAAACUUAAGAAGCAAAAUACAGAAACAGUGGACGAGUUGAGAUCCCUCAUACUAGAGAAGAAAGUGCUUGUGGAAAAGCAACUCAAGAAGAAGAAAAAGUGCUUCCGCUUCUUCCUCCGCAGGGCCACUCCUGCCUCAUCUUCCUCCACCUCUGUUCCAGCUUAAUUUUCCCUUCUCCUCUCCCUCCCCUCUCUC